AUGGCCUGGGCUCCUCUCCUGCUCACACUGCUGGCUCAAUUCGCAGGAGCCACGUCCCAGGAGGUGGUGACUCAGGAAACUUCCUUGUUAACAACUCCUGGAGGGACAGUCACACUCACCUGUGGCUCCAGCACUGGGGCUGUCACCACCAGCAACUAUGCCAGCUGGGUCCAACAGAAGUCCAACGAGGUACCUCGUGGUCUAAUAGGUGGUACCAGCAACCGAUACCCAGGGGUCCCUGCCCGAUUCUCAGGCUCCCUGCUUGGAGACAAGGCUGCCCUCACCAUCACAGGGGCCCAGGCUGAGGACGAGGCCAAGUAUUACUGCGCUCUGUGGUUCAGCAACCAUUUCCACAGUGACAGAUGCACAUGGGGAAGACAGACAUCCCCAGCUGAGGAGUGUGAGGACACCGAGCCCUUGCCAGUGCCCUCACCAUGGCUUGCACAACCCUUCUUCUCGGGCUCCUCACGGCUCAAGUCAGGGGAAGGGACUCUGCAUCCCUGGGAAGGGCACAUACAGCUGGGUCUCAGAAAGACCCUCAUUUCGAUAAUAUCUCUGUCUCUACUGUGGGUUUUAGGGGCUGAUUCUCAGACUGUGGUGACCCAGGAGCCAUCACUGUCAGUGUCUCCAGGAGGGACGACCACACUCACCUGUGGCCUAAGCUCUGGGUCAGUCUCUACGGGACACUACCCCAGCUGGUACCAGCAGGCACCGGGCCGGCCUCCACAUACGCUUAUCCACAGCAUCAACCAAAAAUACUGAUGGGCUCCUGCUCACUUCUCAGACUCCCUCUUUGGGGAUAAGGGUGCCCUGACCCUCUUGGGGUACCAGCCUGAGGACGAGGCGGAGUCGCCUGAGGACUGCUGGCUGCUGUAUGGUGCUGCUUAUUAACACAGUGAGAAAACCAGGUCAGAAACAAAGAUAUACACCUGUUCUUCACCAAGCCUGGGAACAAAUAUGAUCAUGUGAUAUGGGGAUCACAUGACCACACACCUGAGUUCUCAGGGCAGCCUAAUCCAUGGCAAGCCGACCCAUAAAAAGAAAGGUUAAGAAAGGUCUGAAUUGACUCCUGGUCUUCUCUGAGGACUAAAACAAAGGAGAUUUGUAAAUUACUGGAGAAGAAGUAGUCCAUGAAAACAUAGAAUUCAAUGAUUUUAUGUUCCAAAAAAACAGUGACAGUUGGAUCUAAUUUAAGGACUGAGACCAAACAUAUUUAAUACAGAGAAAAAGCAUUUCCAAUGAUAUUCUUUGUCGUCUAAAAGCAAUGGGAAGAAAUCCUCAUUACUAAUAUUACUAACAUUUAUUUAAUGAAAUUUUAUUUUAAUGCAAUGCAAGUACAAACAGGUAUUUUAAAAUCAAAAAUUAUAAAAAGUUUUGGAAAGGAAUCUUCUUCUCUAAUGUCAUAUAUAAAAUGUGGUCCUCAAAGAAGAUACAUUGAAGUCCUAACUCCCAUUAUCUCAGAAUGUGACUUUUUUUUGAAAAGAGAGUCAUUGCAGAUGUAAUUAGCUUAGGUGGGCCCCAUCGGACUAGGACGGUGGACCAGUAUGUCUCACGUCUUUAUGAGACGAGGAGACACAGGGAGAAUGCCCUGUGCGGAUGUGGGCAGAGACUGAGCUUAUGCGGAGACGAGCCAAGGGACACCAAACACUGCUGGCAAACCACCCUCGCCAGGAAAAGGCAAGAAAGGAUCCUCCUAGAGGUUUCAGAGGGAACAUGGCCCUGCCCUGUGCAUUUUGGACUACUAGCCUCCAGAACUAUAAAAUAGUAAAUUUCUGUUGUUUUAAGCUACCCAGUUGGUGAUACAUAGUUAUGGCAGCCCUAGGCAAUUAUUGCACCAAAUAAUCAAAAUAACUACAUUUCUGAAUUUGGAUGUAUGUCUUCCACCUUGGGCCUCAGUUUUCCAUAAUUAUUAUCAAUUUCUGUUCAUAUUUCUACCUUCUAUACACUGCUAUUAUAGUUCCAUUUACAGUUAAUAAAAGAAUUACCACUCUUAUAACCUAUAUAAAUAUGCAAUGACUGCUUAACAUUAAAAGUACUAAUACAAACUUACAGUUUUAGCUAAUGCUAGUUGUUCACUGGUAUCAACAUAUAAAGAUGUGAACAUGUGAAGAUCCCCUUGUUAUGAGUAAAAGACUUCUGGUCAUUUCUGUCCACUUUGUGAGCUCCAUGGGAGAUGCCUGCCAUGUUCAAUGGGGACCCUUCAGGACAAUAUUCCUGGCACCCGAUGCACAAAUGCACAACAUGGGGAAGGAGGAUGCUAGUUUAUUGGUGGGAAACAGAAUAGACUGAGGACUGUUUCACAGUCCUCACAACAAAAACCCUACAAGUGCCUGGAUGGCCAUGUUAGAACAGUGCCCCUCACACUUUAAUGUACACACAAAUCACUUGGGGAUCCUCUAAAAUGUGGAUUCAGAAUCAAUGGGUCUGGAGUGAGGCCUAAGACUAGGCAUUUCUUAAAGGUCCCUUAGCCCCAAAAUCAACAUAAUUACUCUAUUAUCACCACAUUUAUAAGAAUCGUGUAAAAUAGGAAGGGAAGCCAUUUGCAGCCAGAAGUCAAACAUAUAUCUUUCACAGAGAAUACUGAAGACUUUUGAAUGAAGAAUAAUCUCCCCCCUCCCCCUCGUCCAGGCAAGGAGAGGACCAGAGAGGACAGCUGAGGAGCCUGGAGAGACUCCACUAACUUUAAGAAAUAAAACAGGAAUGAAAGAAAACACACCCCAACCUCCCUUGACCUGACCUACUCUGGCUCCUGCCAACAUCCCCACUGGCUUCUCCUCAAUUUCCCUCCACAGUGUGGACCGGCCUCAACCUCCACUUCCUGUUUCUCUGAUUCACGAGAAACAGAGAAUUCUCUCUCUCCUGGAGCUCCUCCCUAAAUGAUCAAGGUCUUUAUCUCAGAAAAGUCUUGGACAUAUUUUUAGAUCUUUCCUGGAAGUUGUCACUCAUAUCCUCCUUCUUUCCUCACCCUCUCUAGUCCCUCACUUCAGAAGAGGCCCUGAGUCCCCAACCUCUCUUUUUCAACCUUACUGGUACCUUCUCCUCCUCCCUGGGUUUCUCCUCACUUACCAGAGAAUCCAGUGAACCACCCAAGCACAUCAAUUUAUCCUCCUCAACAUGCACCACUCUGCUCCCUAGGUGCUGAUCUUCUAAGGAAUCCAGGAAGCAGAGAGACACCUGCUUCAUGAGCUGAGGAGGAAGUAGGGC